AUGAGAAAAAAUGGAUCAAGUCUCGUUGUAAUUUCACUCUUAGCGUUUGCUGGCCUCACCACUUCAACUGUCAAAUAUCGCCAUCAGAUUCGAAGCACUUUUGGACCACUCUCUGAACUCGCCGGUACAACUUCUGCUGUAGAUAGGAUUGCCUCUCCCGGCGAAACGCGUAGUCAAACUAUAAGAUUAGUGCAACCUCAACAAAACUCCACAUCAGUCCCCGUCUCAUCUACACAGCUUGCUGGACUCAGCACAUCCACCUGCGCGGUCUCCUUCUCUCAAAAUUCUCCAAACACGAUGGAAGGCUCGCAGAAUCUCAAUGGUCAGAACAGGAUACAGAGAGAUUUAUCCUCGCCAUCACUCUCAACCGCUUUGGUUCCAUCCUCUCAAUUCAGGAUCAACCGGCGCGAUCUUUCAAACCAAUUAACUUUAUCAGACGAUGAGAGCAGUGCGCUAUUCAUGACUUCAGUGGCUGAAGGAUGCGUUCAAUCCAUGCGAGAAACCGCUGAACAUGAAGGAAAUAAAAUCUCGCCUGGUGUUGUGACGUGUUACUCAUUGGGAUUUGUUGAUCACACCUCGUCUUCCUUUGGUGGCUACCUCAGUGUAUUUCGGAUAGGAAACAAAAGUGAAUUAGAGGAGAAAAGUCACAUUGACCUAGAAGACUUUUCAAACUCCGCAAGACUUGAGAUAUCAUUUUCCAGUCUUGAAACCAAAGAUCAGUUGGAAUCUGCACCCGAAUUUAUCAAGUCCAGCAGACCAGGAACCCUCAACUUUACUCGGUCUUCACUCGCGCCAACAGACGAUCCAGAGCAUUUGAUCAAUCCCAGUAACCCCCAUUAUACAUCUCAUUGCGCUAAUAGGGAGGUAGUCCUAUUAGGAACUUUUCAUCUCAACUUGUUUCAUCAUUCUAUUCCUGCCUCGGGGUUCGUCAAGAGAAAUCAACUCGACCGCGAAUCCUCACCUUCUGGAAUACGACUUGUGGGUCGUGGCGUGGAUGAGAUCGAAAGCCGAUAUUUUGACCUCACGAGUCGCAUGAACAAGCGUUCAAAUUUAGUCAGAGACUCGCCUUGGGGAUUGUUCAAACGCAGCUUACCCCGAUCUACCCCUCAGAGGCAAAAUCAACCUAUCUCACCCGUAGUUGCCAACCCCACCCCACCCUUGGCAGCCGCUCCUGCUCCUGCUCCUGUUCCUGCUCCUGUUCCUCCUCCUGUUGCCACUCCUGUUGCCACUCCUGUUGCCACUCCUGUUGCCGCUCCUGUUCCUCCUCCUGUUGCCGCUCCUGUUACCACUCCUGUUCCCGCUCGUAUUCCCGCUCCUUUUCCUGUACAACAACCUACUCCUACCAUCCCUCUACCGGUGAAUGCUCCCCUAGUAGUCAAUCAGACCGCUCGCAAUCAAGUUCAAGCUCCAAAUAUUCCUCAAGCUCCUAUAGUUUCCAAUCUUGCGGCGACAAACCCGAUUCCAGUACCACCAAUCCAACCAAUCCAAACAAUCCAAACACCGCCGGCUCCAACUUUGGCUAGACAACAAGAAAGCCCGACUCAAGCCGAUGAAGCUGACCCACCGAUGGAAACAGCCUUUCAGUUACCUGGGCGAUCGAUCAUGGUUCUUCCAAUCGGACUGGGUAUCUUUGGAGGAAUUUCGGGUAUUGCAUUGAUUAUUGUGGGAAUCGUGACAUACGAAAGAUCGAAGUAUAGGAAGCAAUUCCGAAGAAGGAAGGAGGAGGAGAAGAGCUCGAUGCUUCGUGGUGUUGAUGUUAGUAAUAAUUAUACGACCGAUACUAAAGUUUAA